ACCUUCCUGGCAGGGACAGUGGAGAAGAAACACUAUCGGGGCUCCAGGCCAGUGCUGGGGGCAGUGGCUAGGAGGAAGUGGGCGUGGCGAUUUUCCCGACUUCCUUGUUUGGAGUAAACUUCGGCAACAUCUCAUGGCUGAGGGGUUUGCCUUUCCAUCUGUUGAUGUGCUUUCUGGAAGCUCCCCGGUCUGCCAGAGAAAACAUAUCUAGAAGACGCACGACGCCAAUUCAGCCAUUCCCUUGGGUCCCCAAAUCCCCCCAGCCACCAGAGACGGAAGGAGAAGGUGAAGUGGAAAACAGACGUGCCUGUGGCGCGCGGGAUCCGCGGCUGACAGAGAGUAGCGUGGCCAGGCAGGGAUCUCCGCGCCCACCGGUCAGCCCCGUCCACGCGCUCGGGCGCGCGUCCUCCCUUCCUGACACUCCUCUCGCCGCCUCUGGAACUCGGCUUGGAGAUGGGGCAGUCGCGACGGCUCCUGCCUCCGCCGAGCUCCUAGCGCUUUAGCUGUUGACGUUGGGUCCCCGCUGUUGUCUCCAGGCGCUCAGCUGCCAGCGCGCGGCGGGGCUGAGGGUGACAGCGCGGCGCGGCCGGGGGAGGAUUCGCCGCCGAGCCCCGGGCUGCUCACUCCGCCGUGGGGGGGGGGACCGCAGACGCCGCUGGUCGCGCUGCGAGGCCCCUGCCCGGCCGGCCGAGCCAUGACGGACGCCGGCAACAGGAAGGAGGGCUUCAAAAAAUGCCGGAGCGCCACUUUCAGCAUCGAUGGCUACAGCUUCACCAUCGUUGCAAAUGAAGCUGGAGACAAGAAUGCCAGACCACUGGCCCGCUUCUCUCGGUCUAAGUCACAGAACUGUCUGUGGAACUCCCUCAUCGACGGGCUCACAGGGAAUGUCAAGGAGAAGCCAAGGCCAACAAUUGUCCAUGACCCUCGACCCCCAGAGGAAAUCCUAGCUGAUGAAUUGCCACAGCUGGAUAGCCCAGAAGUCUUGGUGAAGACAUCCUUCAGAUUACGGUCUUUGGUCAAACAAUUAGAGAGAGGGGAAGCUUCAGUGGUAGAUCUUAAGAAGAAUUUGGAAUAUGCAGCCACAGUGCUUGAAUCUGUGUAUAUUGAUGAAACAAGGAGACUCCUGGAUACAGAGGAUGAGCUCAGUGACAUUCAGUCAGAUGCUGUGCCUUCUGAGGUCCGAGACUGGCUGGCCUCCACCUUCACGCGGCAGAUGGGGAUGAUGCUCAGGAGGAGCGACGAGAAGCCCCGGUUCAAGAGCAUCGUUCACGCAGUGCAGGCUGGGAUAUUUGUGGAGAGAAUGUAUAGACGGACAUCAAACAUGGUUGGACUGAGCUAUCCACCAGCUGUUAUUGAGGCAUUAAAGGAUGUGGACAAGUGGUCCUUUGACGUCUUUUCCCUCAAUGAGGCCAGUGGGGAUCAUGCACUGAAAUUUAUUUUCUAUGAACUACUCACACGCUAUGAUCUGAUCAGCCGUUUCAAGAUCCCCAUUUCUGCACUUGUCUCAUUUGUGGAGGCCCUGGAAGUGGGAUACAGCAAGCACAAAAAUCCUUACCAUAACUUAAUGCACGCUGCCGAUGUUACACAGACAGUGCAUUACCUCCUCUAUAAGACAGGAGUGGCGAACUGGCUGACGGAGCUGGAGAUCUUUGCUAUAAUCUUCUCAGCUGCCAUCCAUGACUACGAGCAUACCGGAACCACCAACAAUUUCCACAUUCAGACUCGGUCUGAUCCAGCUAUUCUGUAUAAUGACAGAUCUGUACUGGAGAAUCACCAUUUAAGUGCAGCUUAUCGCCUUCUGCAAGAUGACGAGGAAAUGAAUAUUUUGAUUAACCUCUCAAAGGAUGACUGGAGGGAGUUUCGAACCUUGGUAAUUGAAAUGGUGAUGGCCACAGAUAUGUCUUGUCACUUCCAACAAAUCAAAGCAAUGAAGACUGCUCUGCAGCAGCCAGAAGCCAUUGAAAAGCCAAAAGCCUUAUCCCUUAUGCUGCAUACAGCAGAUAUUAGCCAUCCAGCAAAAGCAUGGGACCUCCAUCAUCGCUGGACAAUGUCACUCCUGGAGGAGUUCUUCAGACAGGGUGACAGAGAAGCAGAGCUGGGGCUGCCUUUUUCUCCUCUGUGUGACCGAAAGUCCACUAUGGUUGCUCAGUCACAAGUAGGUUUCAUUGAUUUCAUCGUGGAACCCACCUUCACUGUGCUUACGGACAUGACCGAGAAGAUUGUGAGUCCAUUAAUCGAUGAAACCUCUCAAACUGGUGGGACAGGACAGAGGCGUUCGAGUUUGAAUAGCAUCAGCUCGUCAGAUGCCAAGCGAUCAGGUGUCAAGACCUCUGGUUCAGAGGGAAGUGCCCCGAUCAACAAUUCUGUCAUCUCCGUUGACUAUAAGAGCUUUAAAGCUACUUGGACGGAAGUGGUGCACAUCAAUCGGGAGAGAUGGAGGGCCAAGGUACCCAAAGAGGAGAAGGCCAAGAAGGAAGCAGAGGAAAAGGCUCGUCUGGCCGCAGAGGAGCAGCAAAAGGAAAUGGAAGCCAAAAGCCAGGCUGAAGAAGGCGCAUCUGGCAAAGCUGAGAAAAAGACGUCUGGAGAAACUAAGAAUCAAGUCAAUGGAACACGGGCAAACAAAAGUGACAACCCUCGUGGGAAAAAUUCCAAAGCUGAGAAGUCAUCAGGAGAACAGCAACAGAAUGGUGACUUCAAAGAUGGUAAAAAUAAGACAGACAAGAAGGAUCACUCUAACAUCGGAAACGAUUCAAAGAAAACAGAUGAUUCACAAGAGUAAAAAAGACCUCAUAGACAAUAAAAGAGGCUGCCAAUGUCUUGCAUCAUUCUAGCUGAGCUUCUUCAUUCUCCUUCUUCUCCUUCUUCCACAAAGACCCAUAUCUGGAGAAGGUGUACAACUUUCAAACACAAGCCCCCAACCCCCUGACCCUUGGCCUUCCCUCACACCAUCUCCUUCCAGGGGAUGAAUCUUUGGGGGUUGGUUUGAGGUCUUAGAACUCUGGGGGAUAUUCCCCUGGGCAAACCAAACAACGUGAGAUUUUUACUCAAACAGAAACAAAACUUGAAGGGACAUCCUCAAAAUCCUUUGCUAAUGACCUGGCUUUCAAGGCACCUGUCUGGCCUGAUGAGAAUGGACAUCCUGGAUAUGCUGGGAGAGGCCUGAAAAAAGCCAUACACACAGUAAUUGCCAUUUUAUGACUGUCAAUGCCGUUACUUUAAAUGUUGUCAUUUUUGCACUGGCUACUGACGAUACAGCCAUGCUGACAUUCAUCACAGCAAAGAUGAUGAUUCCAGUCUCUGGUUCCUUUCCUGAGUCAGGAACAUUUGUUUUCUCCAAUUUCCUUUCAGACUUAAAAUUGUUCUUAUGCUUUUUUUCCCACUUCUAUAAUACAGAAUUCUGUUUGUUUUCUAAAAAAGAUUAUUCUAUAGGAAUCUUUAUUGAUGGCUAAUUUAUUUUCUCUGUGCAUUCAUUAGUAUAAACCUGAAUGUUCAGCUGAUGACUGUACUGUUGAGUGGGAACCCAUUGUUUCCACUGGUAGCAUCGAUAACUAAGUGGUUACUGAAAUUUUUACCACUGGCUGGACAUCUUCUUUUGGAUAUCUGUGGUUUGAUUUCAUCACUCUUCUUUUUAUUCAGUAAAGUGCUAAGGGAAUUAGUAUCAGGGAGAUAUGGCAGAUAAUUCUUUGCAUUUUAGUGAGUUUUUAAAAAUACAAGAUAGAAGUGGAUUAAUAGCAUGAAUCAAAAAUAAGAAUAAUAGAUGUAGAAUGGAAAGAGAAUAACAUUGCAGCCCCCUUGAGACCAAAUUACAGGUGGGAUCUAAGGGAGUGCAAGUAAAGUGGGAUUUUAUGAGUCUAAAUGAUGUGAUUUAGAUAAAAGUGAUUCUUAAAAUGUGGUUAUUGGUCACACAGGAAUCUCUGAGUCCUUCCCAAGAGUAAAGCACAUGAAUAUGCUGAUGAUGAAGUGGGGAUUAGUAAUAGAAAGAGAGCUAGGCAAUAGGUUUAAGUGUAUUCCCCACUACAGAUUUAAUUUCUACAUGAAAAAGCACGAGAACAGAUACUUAAACGUCCUUUUAUUACUAAGGUGAAAUAUUGGCAUUUUUUCAGGCAGAAAAAAAGAGACUGUAUGUGGUCUUCCUGGACCUUUGCCUUGCCAAAAUGUUCCCCAACAGAAAGAUCUGAAGAACUUUGUAGUAUCGAAUGCACAACAGCAUGCUGAUAUUUGAACAGAUUUCUUCUGUCAGCUUUACGUUUUGCCUUGGAGAAACACUUAGAUUUUUCUGUUGUGCUCCCUGUGUUCAUAACAAUGACCUCACCACAUAAUGUGGCCAGAAAUUCAAAUGACUUCAGGGGCCUAGCAGGUCAAGUAAAUGAAUAAAGCAAGCCAUGUAAUAUCACAGUCAUUGUGGUAAAUGGCAAUUCAUAGUGGGCCUUUGUAUCAGCAAGACAGGAAGGAGCAAUGGGGACUGUGAGAAAUUGGAGAGGGUGGGUGCUGUCAAAACAGGGUAGUCGGUAGGCAGCAACUGAAUUUGAGCUGUGUGGGGAUGGGGGUCCUAGAUACCUAGGAUUUGAUAUAAGCUCUCUCCAAAUUUUUACAUAUUGACAACUAACUCAAAAACUUACAAACACUGUGCUAAUCAAAUGAAACAUGCCUGUGAGCUGCAUUCAAUCCAUGGGGCAUUGGUUUGCAAACUAUGUUCUUAGAGGUGGUAUGAUUUUGUAUUGAAAUUAAAUAUAACCAAGAGUAUGUCAAUAUUUGACCUUGGAACCUGGACCUUUUACCUCAUUUAUAUUCUGUAUUUUUGUAUGUGGGGCUUUUUGGCCAGUCAAAAUAGAAAGUCUACAGCUUCCAUUUUAUAAUCUAACAAGCAACAAGAAACAACAUUUGAAAAAGAAACAGGAAUAUAGCCAUUUUUUCUAGCACCAAUAAAAAUGGAAAUGUUUUUCAUUUGCUUUAAGUCAUUAAUCAGCUGAAAAAGAAUAGAAAGAGAAUUUCAUUCCAUAAAGAACUUCACCUAAAACUCUCAGUGAAGCAAAACAAAACUCCAUGUAACUCACUCUUAGCUUUAAAUCUUUAAAAAGUGUUUCGAAGGGAUAUUGAGUAAAAAUGCAGUUAUCUAUUAAAAAUACAAAAUGCUAUAUUAUAUGAUGCUAUGAAUCGAUACUGGAGCUGAUAAAACAUUAAAGUAAUUAUUCCAAAUCAGUGCUGACUGCAAAAGCAAUAUUUCCAAAGCUCUAGCUUAUUUUCUGCAGUCUUUUAAUUCCCUUGAAACAGCUUUCUUCAAGUUGAGCAGCAAUUUGGGACAAACAUUAUUCUAUUGCACAGAUUAUGGCAUCUUACUCUGGUUUACACACACAGAGCAAGGGCUUACACACCUGAAUUAAGAAUUAACUAGCAUGUGGGGACAGCAAUAGGGACAGUCCUACCACAGACGAAACCAUGCGCUCUACACGUCCCUGGGUAAAAUGUGACAAGUUAGCCCUUGAAUUUGUGUCCCCGUGUCACCAAAUAGCUCUAUAUUUAAGUUGUGUUAAUGUGGUACGUUUCAGUGGCAUAAUGACCCAUUCUUAUCGAGGCCUUUGUUCCAUAUUUUAUUUUUGCCAAUCUUUCUUAGGUUAUGAGCCCUAAUAGUUUAUGGCAGCAGGCAAGAGACUCAUUUCUAACCCAUUAAAUUCAAAUGGACUUUCUUCCACUGUCCAUUUCAUUUUUGGAGCUGUUAUAAACUACCGAAAACAUUUGACAGGAUCCCAUUGUGGAUCUGAUACACUUAAACAGUAAAAUGAUAUCUAAACAUCUGAAAGCCAAAGAAUAACCUAGUGCACGUGUUCAUUCAUUUGUAGAAUUUAAGCCAUUGUAUUAUAUUUUCCACUUGGAACCAUGCCUUUAGAUACAAAAGCGUAAAGUAAAAAGCAACAUUAUCAUGGGAUGUGAGAUGGUAAUCCAAAAGUUGAAGACCAAUUUUUGUUAUCCAUAUUUUGGAAGUAUGGAUACUGUUUAUUUUAAUAUCACUUCUCUCAUGGGUCACUUUUCCUUAGAUAGGUAGGUAGAUAGAUAGAUAGAUAGAUAGAUAGAUAGUUAGAUGAUAGAUAGAUAGAUAGAUAGAUAAUAUAAUAUAAUAUAUUUUCUUCUUUCUUAACCUAUGAGCAGAGACUUUGAUGAUGGAAAUUACUUUGUAACAUUCCCCAUGGAGCCUAGGAAAAACAAUAGAAAAAAAGCAUGAAAUCUUUUUCUCAUAGUGAAAUAGAGAAGAUUCUGAGAUUGGAAGUCUGUGUAUGUGGUGUUCUAUCCCAAAUAAAGAGAAUUUAGGGAAUUCAGGCAACAAUUUUUUUCCUAAUUGGAAACUUUGUUCUGAUCCUGAGAUGCCCACACACCCCACAGGAGACGCAGUGCUGGCCCACCACAGUGUUUGGAACACGGUCAGCAUUCAGGAAACACAUUCAAAAUCGUCUAACUGAAUUCCACUAUCCACUUGUGAAUGCAAACAAAAUUCAAAUUUCCCUGAAAAUUUAUUCAACUUCUCCUAUAUGCCAAGCACACUGCUAAAGGCUUAUCUUCUAAGUAUAUGCAGGCAUACCCUACUCACACAAAUAGCUUAUUACCAGAGAUAGGAAAUUGCAGGUAAUUUGGGAGAAAUUGUCAUAGCCAAAUUUAUGGAAAAAAUAAAAUAAAAACUUCUCUAUGGCCUCUUGAUUUAAGAAAAAAACAGAACAAUACAAAAAAACAAAGCACUAAAACAGGAUUUAUCUGAGAAUGUCUUUCCAAAAGGGAAGAUGACACCAAUCUAUAUAAAACGUCAGUGGAUUUACUGAGAAUCCAAGUGGAAACUUUUAAAACCUUAAACAGACUCUCCUACAGCAAAUAGAUUCUCUAUGUGCAGCAUGAGGAAUCACUGCAUAGUUCUGCUCCACCAAUAAUAUGAUUGGUACAGCACCAAACCGUGGCAAAGUUAGAUGUUAAAGAACAUAAUGUUGCAGUAAUGAUGUUAUAUUGGAUCUUAUGCAUGAACAAAUGGAAAGUAAUAAUUUAUCAACUGUGAUCCAUGAUUAAAGGCCUCAUUAUCACUAAGAAAAUGAACUUAAUGAAAAAAAUUAUAAUGAGCAAUGACAAUAUUCCUAUAAAACCUCCCUCUGGGUAUCAAGAGACAUAUUACCUGCCAAGGCCAGAUUUUACUUUUUAAGGUUUCCUCUCUCUCACCAGAGACACUAGUGGGCACAGAGGUGACACUAGAAUUAGAAUGUUACCAGAGUCAUUUACAUUAGACAGUUUAUCUGAUCAUGAACAUGUUCCCAGGGAGAUUAGAAAAAUGGGAAGCAGGCCUCUAAAGAUCCUCCUUGGACAUUUGUAAGAAGGCUGGCUGCUUCUCCAGGAAUGUCUGAAUUAAGCAAGAAUUGUGCCACUGAAAUAGCUUCUUGUUUUUAUAUUAAACAAGGAACGAUUGUGCGGUGGAUGACCUGGACUGAAAGAUGUAUGAUGGUCAAGUUUAAACAUAUUAAUUCCUGAUUGUUUUCUUAAAUACCCACCCUAGUCAUUUUUUGGAAAAUAUUGCCAGACAUAUUUGACAUGAAUUCAUGUUUAUUCUGGCUUCUGUUCCCAAGCAGAAGUGGAUUAACCCUGGCAAUGGCUGGCUUCACUAACUGUACUUGCACCCAGCCUGGGCUGCCAUCUGCUCAGCCAGGAGAAGCAGGGAGUAGGGUGUGGGCCCUUUAAGUUCACUCAGGGCACACUCAUUCAGUCUCCCCUGAGGAGACCUUGUCCCCCUUUGUGGGGUGAAUGCUGGCUGUUGCAGGCCAGAGGCAGUGCCAACUGGAGACGCAUCCUCUCAGCUUUGGUCAGCUUCAGCCAUGAUUCCUGAACCUCACCCAUGUAUUCUUCAUGAGUGCUGGCUUCUGAACCUGCAGGAUCAUUUCUCAGUCAGUUUAUGGUGCAGGGUAAUUCAUUUAAAAUAAAGCCCAUUAAAACCCAAUGGCUAUAGAAUGGGUUUUAAAUAGAUUGUCCUGGAGACACAUCAUUGUAUAGUCUUUGCUUCCCUCUCAUGACCUAUCUUGGAGUAGAAUUUGUGUACUACUGUCCUUGUCUUUGAGUGGGUAUAUGUGUGAUGGUACAGAAAUACAGUCACAUAUUAUAUUAAUAUAUAUAGAUGGAUAGGAAAAACCUACAGCCAUAGGUAUUGUCCAAUAACUGAUUCUAGAGGUAGAACUAUAGAGUAUACAUUUCCUUUUUUCUUGCUUUGAUGAUAUUUUUAUACAAUUUUAUAUGCUAUAAAAUUUUCAAAAAUAUAUUUGCUAUUUUCAUUUGUAGAGCUUGGUUAGGUUUUUAUCAGCUCUUGUGCCCACUGUACAACCAGAUUCCCCCCAUCUAAUUUAAAUGUCUUCCCUUUUUCAAACUCUCCUUUAUGUUUUCCUUUUUUUUCCUCCCAUUUUUCUACCCUUCACAAAUUCCUUCUUUUGCUUCUGUCCAGGUAACCCAUUCUGCUUGCAGUAUCAUUUUAGCACGUACAAACACAAAAUAAUGGGAAAAAUAAAAGCACCUUGUUCCAUGCAAUUCGUAUGGGAAAGUUUUGGGUGUCAAAGGUCGCUGGGGAUAGAUGGGGAGGCAGAAAUAGCUUGGGAAAAUGAAGCAGGAAAAAAGGAAAUCUUUAUGGGAAAUCAAUUACCCAAAGCAAGGUGAGUCACCUAGAGGUGAAUAUGAUGUUGUUAUUGUCCUCGCUUAGUGUACAGCACAAUUUUUGCUCUCACAGGGUUUUUCUCUUUAGGAUGCGUAGCACCCUAUGCAUUAAAUGCAUAGCAUCCUAAAGACACCCUACUCACCAUGAGUCUGUAGGCUCUUUCCUGAUGAGGGCACUGGCCAUAUGUGAAUGGAAAACUCAACUCAUCUCCUCAGCCUUAGAUGUUGCUGCUGUUCAGCUGGAUUUGUGAGAAAUAUCUGGAUUACUAUCAAGAACAUUUAGCAAGACUCAAAAGAGAGAGGCAAGCAGAACCAAAACCCAAACCUCAACCAAUGUCUAGCUGAAUAAACAAUUCUUUGGAGGAAUAAGGAAGGUAUUUCUGGAUAUGUUCUGAGAAUGCUCUUCCAAAAGGGAAGAUGGUAAUAAUGGACUUGUUUUGAUUUCAUGGUUGUGAUAGAAUGUACUUCCAAGAUGUGAAAUACACUUCUGGCAGAUAAAAUGCAGGUUGUAAUUUGCAUUUGUACAUCACAGGGUGAAAGAAUGGCCAUCCAUUCUGAGGAAGAGUGUUCUGUUCUCUAAGAUGCUGCUUAACCAAUGUUAUCCAAAUGCCAUAGCAUCAUAUCUCCAAAUACAAGAUUAAAUCAUAAGGAUUCAUGUAAAACAGAGUAUACUGAGCUGUUCUCAGAAAAAUUAAUGAUGUGUUUAUUGUAAAUCUUUAUUGCACAGAUGAGCCUGACAGUCAUUCAAUGUAUAAUUUUCCCCCAGCAUCUAGUAAUGCAUAAGUACUUGUAUGUUCUUCUGAUUACCAAAUAAAAACAAAGAGUUAACCUCUUAAUUGGAAUUGGAAAAA